GUCUACAGUACUGGCUGUGCAUCAAUAAAGUGUAAUGACGAUCCGAACGUUGGCAAUCGCUUCCGGCAGCAUUAUACAUGUAUGGCAGCCUUCGAGUAAUGGAAACGGGUCCAAUAAGAAACCCAAUGAAACUGUCAACUUCAGCCUCCCAGACAGAUGCAACGGCGUGGCAUGGAAUGCAAAUGGCAAAGCGAUCGCAGCUUCUGGCUCUACUGGCCAUGUCUCAGUCUACAGGCCCACUGGCGAGUCGAUCGGGUCGUUGCCAAGCCCUGGUGAUGAAACCAGCCUGAUGGGGGAAGUCAGCUGUCUGAGUUUCAGUCGUGGCUCCAAGUUACUGGCAGCGGGGUGCUUAGAUGGCUUGGUCCAUGUAUGGAGUCUCAACCAGCAGGAACGUGUGCUGCGGCUGAUAGAUCACGUUGACGCCGUGACGUCAAUCUCAUUCUCUCCAGAUGGCCGGACGCUGGCCUCCUCAAGUGUGAGCGGCCAGCUGCUGCUGCACAACACCGAAGGCAUUAAGAAAGCCAGGCUGCAAUCGCGAAAUCUGGCUCCCAUCACUUGCAUCACAUAUGCACCCCUAUCUUUUGAGAAGCAGCUGCUAGCUUGCAGCACAAGGACUGGGGCUGUGGAAGUCCAUGCUCUGAACGAAUUGCGCCCGGGAGAAGAGCAUCCAAACUUGCACAAGGGUCCUGCAGCGGCUGUGAGAUUUGUGGAUGGCAUGGGGAACCUGCUGAUCAGCGCUGGAGCAGAUGGCAGCCUGGUCCUCAUUGAUCGGCGCCUGGGUGGAAUGGCUGCCUGCGCCAGAACAGGCCGCUCCCUGUCCACACUGGACAUGCACCAUGAUGGUCACAGCAUUGCAGUGGGCACAACAGGGGGUGGCGUGCUCCUGUAUGAUGCGCGGAAGCUGGGGGUAAAGCCCUUCAACAGGCUGGAUCUGCCAUUGCAAGAGCGUGUGAAUGAAGUACGGUGGCAGCCCGCGGCACCAACAGAACUUACUGACGCAUAUCAGCAGCCGGUCAGGGUCAAAGGGGGACAACCUCAGGCUCCUACGCAAGCUCAGGCCUUUGCGAGGGAGAAGGGUGCAUCGACACCAUUCACGCCCCUUGACAACCAAACUCUAGCACCAGGCUUACUUUCUCCGGAGACCCUGGCCACGCCAUAUUUUGACCCCAAAGCAGUGCCACGGGGCAUGGUGCAGCCGCAGCUGCAUCCCCACAGGCUCAGCAAGGAGGCUCACCAGGCGGAAUCGCUGGCAAAUCUCCAGGACAAUGCAGCUUCGGGGGGUCAGACAGUUGGAAGUGCAUCAGAGGAGCACCCCUCCACGUCAGCGCCCCAGAUGCCUCAUGCCCCUUCCUCGCUGCCACCGCCGGACCCUCUCACACCAGACCUAGCAGCAGAGGUAUUUCUCUGA